UUACUGAUAUUUUGAUAUUGGUUUCCUUCCUGUCCUUUUUUCUGUGUGUGUGUGUGUGUGUGUGUGUGUGUGUGUAUGUACACCAUACCAUAUAUGACCAGUUGGUAUCAUACUGUUUCUGUAAUGGGAUUAAAUAUUAACAUUUAAAAUUUCUUCAUAAUUAUAUUCACAUGUUAUAGCUAGAAUUUGUAGGGAACAUAGUUUUUAUGUCAGAGAAGAGUUCAAUAAACUUUGAAGGGUCCAGAUAGUAAAAUAUUUUAGUCUGUAAUCUAAGAGGCAAAAAUGACUUUAUAAUACAGGUUUUCAUAACCAUUUAAAAAUGUGAAAACCAUUCUCAGCCUUGGGACUUCAAAACAAAAUGAAACGAAACGAAACAAAACAGGCAGCUGGCUAGAUUUGGCCCAUGCUUUAGUUUACUAACUCCUGCCCGGGAAGAUCAUUUGCUUAUAUUUUAUUUAUGUGUAUGCACACAUAUCUAAAUCUUUGACGUUUCUCGGUAUGACCACCUCAAAGGCCCUGAGCCAGUCCAAGUGUUAACACCCAAGGGUCCCGAGUGUGAUUCCAGUCUGACUGCUGCAGGACCCAGUUCAUUGGUUCCUAGAGGGAGGGUCGACUUUGACUUAGUGAAAUAUGGUACUUGCAGUCUCCUACUGUACCGCGUUUGGAAGUUCUUCAUUCUGCCUUUACAGGAAGCGGGAAACUGUUUUACUUGAGUCUGAUGUGAGAUGAGGAUACCGGGUAGAAGGUGUUGGACCUGCCUGAAAGUGUUUGGCCUUAAAAUGUCAAGGUCACUCUCCCAAAUCAAGUUUUCCCUGACCUAGCUGCUGUAUUUAGUAUUCAUUUUUCUAACUUCAGAGAUGAACUUAAUAAGGAGUUUAUUAUAUGUUGAUAUAAAGGAAGCAAAGAUUAAAAAGGAGAAAUAAUAAAGUAGCUAAAAAUAAACAUCACAGCACCUUUCUUGUCUUGGGAUAAAAAUUAUGUUCUAAAAUUUAUUCAGUGAGGGAAAAACUGUUGUUUUGGUAUUGCCGUGAUACUGUUUAAGGCACAGUUUUUUCUUUUUUUGGGGUGUGUGUGUGUGUGUGUGUGUGUGUGGUUAAAUACUGUAAUUCCCAUUUUCAAGUUAUGCUCAAAGCUUUUCUAGUUUUGAGCAGCAAAAGCAGAGGUGCCAUCAUUCUGUCAUUGCAACUUCCAUCAAGGUUAACGAGUACACAGAUAAUCUUUUCUGACAGAGCACUGUAAAUAUUUGAGGGCCUUGUAGUGGCAGUUUUUAAUCAUGACAGCCCUUUAGCCAAAACACAAUCAGAUUUUGUUAGUAAUUUUGUUAGUAACAUGAUGGCUGUGUUUUCAAGAGUUAGUUACUGUAUGAAGUAGGGUUUUUAGUGAAUGAAAGGCACUUGUAAAGCUACUGAUACCUUUUGAUAAGAGUAUUUGAAGAGUCCAUGUGUCAGUGAGAAUUACCUGAGAAGUUGUUAGGGGCUAUGAUCUGUUAAACACACACUGAACGCAUCUAUAAAACCAGGACAAAAUGGAUCAAACAGCUAUUUGAGGACUCUGCAGAAUAAAUAAUAACCAGGUGGAUUGGGAAAGAAGACUAGAAUUCAAAGUACCAUCGAACUGGCUGUGAGUUUACCAUUUUUUUUCUUCCAGUAUUCCCGGACCUGAAUUUAACACAAUCUGAAACAUAGACAGAGAGCGCUUCAAAAGAUGCCUGCUAGUUCUGGCUCAAGAAGCAGGAAAGAUAACUCCUAAAUUCAGAAUUCCACUCUUUCCCCCUUCUCUCAUGUCCCAUUCUCAAGCAAUCCUUUGGUAAUGUCAGCAGAAGCCACCAUGGGAGCCUGCAGUCAAAACUGAGGAAUGGAAACUCCCCAGUCGAUAAGUACCUGGCUUCCUCUCGUGUUCUCCACCUCUAUUGCUUGACCCCCAAAGCAGACACAGUUUCAGAAGAGUGGGAUCAAGCAGUGUACCAAAAGCUCCAUGCUCUACCUGGAGAAGUGAGAAGGGCAUCCCAGGAAUUGGAAAGUGCUGAGAUCACUUGUUGAACUUGGAGAAGCCAUGCCACACCAUGAAGCCAUCAAUUAGCAAAAUGAUACAAGUACGGGAAUCAUCUGACAUAGACUUUACAGCUGUUAUUAGGCAGAAAGAUGCUACAAGUCAGUGUGGAUGGUCUGGGAAUGAAUGGAAAAGUCUCAGCAGAGAAGUAGAAGACAGAAGGAAGUUAUGGAACUGUUAGGACUGAAAAAUACCUAAGUGGAAAAAAAGACAGCCUCCACCUGAUAGCUCACAAACAGAAUGUGAAGACGGGGAAAAAUGUCAGUGAACUGGAAGAUAGAUCAAUAGAAAAAUUUCAAUCUGAACAACAGAGUAAAGAAAAAUUUAGAUUUGAACAGAGCUUCAGGGAGCUAUGAGGAAAUAAAAUAGACGUUUUGAGGAAGGAUGUGGUGCUGAGCAAACACUUGGAGAAAUAAGUGAUUGAAAUCUCACAGUUUAUUGAUGUACAUAAAGAUACAGAUUCAAAGAACCUGAAGUGGAAUAAACCCAAAGAAAUCCAUGUUCAGGCAUUCAUAACCAAUGUGAAAACUAACAAGAGAAGGAGUUGGAAACACAAGACCUCUGAUUAUUGUGGAUUUCUCAUCAGAAGCUGGAAAUGAGAAGAAAAAGGUAACAACAACAAAAAUCAGAACACUUAAAGGGAAGAACUGCUUGUAACCAAUAAAAAUGACUUUUAGAAAAGAAGGCGACAUAGUGUAUUUUCAUGUGAAGGAAAACUUAACAGUAUUAAUUCCCAGACCUGAUCUAAAAGAAUGGAAAAGGAUAAGACAGAAGGAAACUUGGACAUUAGGAGUGAAAGAAGAUAAACAGAAUGGUAUGGAUGAACGUGGAGGUACAACAUCUUGGGGAACGAGUGGUCAACCAAGCCCCUCCUAUGAUUCAUCUAGAGGUUUUACAGACAGCCCUCAUUACAGUGAUCACUUGAAUGACAGUCGAUUAGGGGCCCAUGAAGGCUUGUCCCCAACACCUUUCAUGAACUCAAAUCUGAUGGGAAAAACAUCAGAGAGAGGCUCAUUUUCCCUGUACAGCAGAGACACCGGAUUACCAGGCUGUCAAGUAAGUUUAGUGAAUAAAAAAGCAAUUAGAUAAUUGUUAAACACGUAAGUAAAAGCUUUCUUAAUAAUAUAGGAGGUAAAAAUUUAUCCACAUUAUCUCACCACUGUUUGUUCAUUUAAUUUGCAACUGCGUGUGGUGGGUUUUUAGCAGUUAAACAUGUUUUCUUCUCUUUGUUCCCUCUGCUUAAAACAAUUGACUUUCUCAUGAAAGGUUUUCAUAACCCACUUCCAUUUUAACUGCAAACAAAUGCCAGAAAUCCUAGCCCUUCCUAAAAUGCCUCUCCUUUUCUGAAAAUGUUUGGUUUUCGUUGUUGGUUUUUUUUUUUGCAAUUCCUCAUGGAAGAACAAAAUCACUAGUAUAUAAUAUGAAGAACAUGUGAUUGAUCUGUCUAGCUCAAAUGUCCUGUGUUGGUAGAAGUGAUUUCCUCUGUCCUGCAUCCCAUGGACGUUUUAGGCUUCAAACAGUCUCUGACUUGGAAACUUUGUUCAACUCUUCCAUAUUCCUUACAUGUUGUAUUUUUGCUAGUGGUCAUCUUCUCGUCCUUUCCACCUGUCCUUAGACUGAGAACCCUGAAUCAUUGGUUCACCUGCACAUUCCCAGCAGAAUCAAGCCAGAAAGACUAGAAAGGAAGACUUAUUAAAUUUGUCUUCUGCCUUCUGUAAGCUUUUCAUGAGGCUUACUGUAAUUUCAGACAGGAGCAUAUGAACCAGUCUUAACUGUCAUACCAAUACUCUAUUUAAUACGUAUUCCAUAGCUAUAUAACUAUCUCUAGAGAGAGUUUUGCAUAAGAUCCUAUUUUAUGAUAUGCCUUUCCAUUAUAAAAUAAUACAUUGCAAAAACUGGGGAUCGUCUGUUACCAUCCCCUAACUACAAUUCCAACAAAUAGGCAAGGUCUGAGUAAGUGUCUCAUUAAAUGCAGUCAUUCCUUGAGCUGGGCAUGGUACACACCUGUAAGCCCAGAACUCAGGAGGCAGAGGCAGGAAGAUCAUGAGUUCAAGGCCAGCCUGAGCUAAAUAGUAAGACCCUAUAGUUUUAGUUUCUCGCACUCAACUAUAAUCUAAAAGUAUUAAUUAGAAAA